UAAGUGAAUCAUUUGAGAAAAUGUCAGUGCCCAAAAAUCCUGGUUUGGCAGAGGAGGGAGAGGGAGAGGAAGAGGAAGAGGAAGAGGAAGAGGAGAGCUAUGGGACGGCCGAGUCCAUGGACCCCGAACUGUACAGAGCAACUACAGAGGGUGAUAUUCUUGAUUUCAUAAAAGCGAUGGAACAUGGCACACUAGAUAGGCAAUAUCACUCAUUGGCCGGCUGUGUCCAACUAGGUCCUCAGAAAAACACAGUUCUGCAUAUUGCAACAAGCUGUGGACACUACGAGAUCGUUAAGCUCCUUUGCAAGGACUUACCAUUCUAUGUUGCUGAAAAGAACUCUAAAGGCGACACUCCACUCCACAUUGCAGCAAGAGCAGGUGACUUGUUGCUUGUCACUCUACUUACCAGUUGUGCUUUGAGAGGAGGUGUUCUGGAAUUGGAGAAUGAAGAGGGUAAUACUGCAUUGCAUGAGGCGUUAGGGCAUCGUCAUGAGAAGGUGGCUAGGAUUCUUAUUGAUAGGAACCCAAACACAUCAUACUCGGUUAAUAAGGAAGGGAAGUCUGUGCUGUAUCUGGCAGCAGAGGCUGGUUUUGUUGACCUUGCUAUGCUGCUUGUGGAUAAUCCUGUUGCGAAUUGCAGUGUCGAAGGGAGGUUCAGAAACAAGUCAGCAGUUCAUGCUGCUCUCCUUGGAAAGAACAUAGAUGUCCUAAGAAUAUUGUGGGAAAAGGACCAGUCCUCCUUCCACUUGAGAUGUGACGAGGAGGGGAGAAAUUCACUUCACUUUUCUGCAUCUAUAGGUUUUCUUGAAGGGGUCAAUUUCCUGCUAAGCAAAUUCUGUGCUGCCGCUUACCAAAGGGACAAACGCGGUCUCUUUCCUAUUCACACAGCGUCGAGCAAAGGCCAUGUUGACAUAAUCCAAGGGAUGCUCCAGCAUUGCCCCGAUUCAAGGGAAUUGCUCACUUUGCAAGGUCAGAAUGUCUUUCAUGUUGCAGCCAAGAGUGGAAAUGACAAAGCAGUUAGUUCUAUGCUCAAACUACCAGAGCUGGAAAAACUCUUAAAUGAGAAGGAUGAUGAUGGAAAUACGCCUUUACAUGUUGCCACCAUUUGUGGGCAUCCAAGGAUUGUUAGAGCUCUAACAUGGGAUGAGCGGGUCGACCUAGAGCUCGGAAACAACGAUGGAUUAACAGCGCUGGACAUUGCUGAGGAAUAUAUGGAAAUAAGGGCAUCCUUUCAGAAGCGACUGACAUGGAUGGCCUUGAGAGUUGCUGGUGCACCGCGAUCUCUGCACACUGAUUUUUCCAAAACUGAGAAAACCUCAAGUGCUGGGCAAAAUUCCGAAAUAGAAAAUUACAAGGACAAGGUCAAUGUAGUUCUACUGGUGGCAACACUAGUCGCGGCUGUAACUUUCACCGCUGGUUUCACUGUCCCUGGUGGCUACAACAAUUCCAACCCGAACCUAGGCAUGGCAACCAUGCUAGCAAAAGUGAAGUUUCAGGAAUUCGUGAUUUGUGAUACCGUAGCUAUGUACAGCUCCAUCAUAGUCACUGUCACACUCAUAUGGGCACAGCUGGGUGAUACCAGUUCGAUGCACGUUGCCUUGAAAUUGGCGGUGCCACUUCUGGCGAUUGCACUUGCCAUGAUGUCCAUAGCUUUCAUGGCGGGUGUUUACCUUGUGGUGAGCGAACUCAAUAAUUGGCUUGGAAAUGUUAUGCUGGUUAUGGGCUCCAACGUUCUUAUCGUGCUUGCAGCACUCUUUAUGCCCCUCUGCUUUUUGGGUUCAUCCAACUGCCGCAUCUUUCGCCGACUCUCAUGCUUUCCGUUUCUUCUCCUACUAUAUGCAUUUGGAAGCAAUACCGAACGUGAUGAAAAUGAAGAUUAACGAAGUCCAUCCAUGAAGAUUAACGAAGUCCAUCCAUGUCGCAGGAUCCUCUGUCCCUGAUCUAUCUCGUCCUUUUGCUUCGAAUCUCUUCCCCACCGCACGGUCAGUGUCGAAAAGCAGAUCGUGUGGUAGAGAAGGAAUUUGAGAUAGAAGUAGGGGGGAGAUUUGGACAGUCGAUCAUUUAUGUAACUUAGCCUUGUGUUAUUAGUCUUGUGUGUAAUCUAGUUGUGGAAUUGGAGAUAGAAAGAAGUCUCGGGAGUCUUUAGAUUCCUUGGGCUCAUUGGCUUGAUGGGGAUUUUUGUAUAAAUAGAGACCACUAUUAUUGUUGUAAUACUUACGUGCAAAGGGUGGCGUACGUUAAUGCCACGACUA